UUAAUGCAGCGGUCUGCUUGCACAUUAGAUCUAGUUCUCGCAGCGAGACAUAAUAUAAGGGCAUACGUCCUAAAAGACUGAUUUCUUUCAAUAUAAUCAUGGUCGGAAGGAACUGAAGAGAUUAUUUUACUGUUUUAUCGCUAGUCCCGCCCACUCUGAAGAGGUAUUCGUCGACCCAAAGGGAAACUUCCCUGAGCCCUAUAUUCCGCGACAUUGAAAAAUGUCUCGAUACGCCAGUCAAUUUUUAAAGCAGUUGGGAAGCAAGGAGUUCAGAAACUACCUGUGCAGUACUCACUUCUGGGGACCAAUUGCUAACUGGGGAAUUCCACUGGCCGCUAUAGCGGACAUCAAAAAGGACCCAGGCAUAAUUAGCGGCAAGAUGACUACCGCAUUGUGCAUAUACUCCUUGCUGUUCAUGAGAUUUGCACUCAAAGUGCAACCCAGAAACAUGCUCCUUUUUGCUUGCCAUUUUACGAACGAGGGUGCUCAAAUUAUUCAAGGAUGCCGGCUUAUCAAACAUGAGUACCUAACAAGCCCACAGAAGUAGGCCAAGCCACUUAGAACUGUCUUCCAAACUUAGGAGCAAUAAAGUGACCCAAGGAGAGUGAAGGUGUGGCCUGUACAGAAAAAUAAUGUCAGCUCGGAGACAGAAGAUUAAAAUUGUAGAGAAAUAAAGCCACUUUACUCGUUCCA